ACGAGGACUUGAAUUACUUCCGAGGACACAGAGCUGCCAAACCCAUGUUACAGGUCAAAUAACAUGUACAGCUUUCUGUAGAUCAGAUGAUAAUAAUAAUCAUUCAGAAUGUGUUUCAUUUGAAUCGGAUUCAGAUGUUGAAUUAUUCAAACUAAACGAUCACAGACUCGAGAAGAGAAACAGCAGCAGCCGAUGAGACCAAAGCUUUAGGUCAGUGAUCAUGGCUGAAGAUCCCCAGAGAAACUUCCGCUCAGCGUAUUAUGAGAAAGUGGGAUUCAGAGGUGUGGAGGAGAAAAGAUCUCUGGAGAUUCUGCUGAAGGACAAUCCACUGGAUGUGGAGAAGUUAAGCACAUUCAGUCAGAGGUUUCCACUGCCCUCCAUGUACAGGAUACAUGUGUGGAAAGUCCUAUUGGGUAUAUUACCUCCUCACACUGAUUCUCACGCUCUGGUUUCUCGAUAUCGUGCCGAGCAGUUUGAAGACGUCAGCUCGGCUUUGACGGCCAUGAGGUUCGUGAAUGCGGCCACGCCCCCUACAGAACUUUACCUCCGGAUGUAUCAGCUGGAGAUCCAACAGCUUCCCCGAAGAUCUGAGCUGAGAUCACCUGUCGGAGGGGAUGAACAUUUCCUGGCUGUUGCCCGGGCGAUGGAGGAGAUCGUUGAUGACCCUGUGGACUGCUAUUGGCUGAUCAAAUGUUUUGUCAAUCAGUUUAAUCACAAGUUUGGAGACUCUAUACCUCACCUGCCUAAGAGUUUGGAGCACUUCUUGUCUCAGGAGGACAGCGGUCUGUUGGCUCAUCUGAAGGCGUCUGGCAGUCUGGCUUCACUGCCGUACUCUCUGUGGUUCAGACGCUGUUUCGCAGGCGGUUUACCAGAGUCCAGUCUACAGAGGGUGUGGGAUAAAGUGAUCAGUGGCUCCUGUAAGAUUUUGGUGUUUGUUGCCGUGGAGAUUCUGCUCAGUUAUAGAAUCAUGCUGAUGGGAAUCAAUCACCCUGAUGGAAUCUUCAACUUCCUGUCUAAUAUGCCUCAGGAAAAUACAGACGCUAUCGUGACCAAAGCCGUCGACCUCUGGCACAAAUACUGCGGGACACCCAUGCAUUCGGUUUAACAAUACCAAUGACUGUCAUCCAGAAACGUCAAGUCUCCUGAUCUCUUGAAAAGUUGAGGAACGACCUGAAGAACAACUCACAAAGACUCACAACUGUGUUUAUGUGUGUGUGUUUCUUUUAUUUAUAAGUUCCUUUACAUAAGAAUCUGCAUACAUCAUUUAGGAGUGACGGUACAUUACGUAACAUGCACGUUCUGCUCUCUUCCCCCAUAAUGUGAGCUGAUAGCAGCACAAGAGCCCAACGUCAAACAAAACAAACGAACACAUCCAUCAGUCGAAACACGUGCACGUCUGAUGUUAUUUAAGGGAAAUAGUUCACCCCAAAAUCCAAAUUCUGUCACAUGUGGAACACAACAACACAUUUGAUUGUAAAGGUUCUGUCAGAGAACAGCUGAUGGGUGAAUGUGAGAGAACGCUGACAGAACUUUCACGUUCCGAGGAAUUAUUACUUUUAAGCGUUGCUUGUACUUCCAGUAUCAAAAUCUGUUAAAAAUGUAAAUAUCAACAUAAAAACUGUGGAGAUUUCUGUGAUUACUGACAAUAAAAUAAAGUAGAAAAACAUAA